AGCCGCCCGUGCGGCGGCCCGACCUCGGCUCACUGUAGCCUCCGCCACAUGGGCUCCAAGAGAGCCUCCUGCCUCAGCAUCCGGGUAUCUAGGACGACAUGCGAGCGCCCCUACGGCCGUUUUAAAAUUAAUUUUAAUAGCAGGAAUUUUCGUGGAUCUAAUCAUCAACAGACUUUCCCUCUGCGGUGGCACCGUUUCAAGAUAGCUGAGCUGCUUCAGUCACUACCGCAGGACUCGCCUCCAAAACGACAGGAGCUAGGAGAUAGGCGGAGGGAAGCGCACGCCCCGCCCAAUUCCUCCCCGGCCUGGCCUCUCAGCUGCGCGCGCAUUUCCUGGAGACCCGGAAGCAGAUUACGUGGAGUGAGAGUCAUGCUGCGGCGUGGACACUUGACAUUCAGGGAUGUGGCCAUAGAAUUCUCUCAGGAGGAGUGGAGAUGCCUGGACCCUGCUCAGAGGACUUUAUACAGGGAAGUGAUGUUGGAGAACUACAGGAACCUGGUCUUCCUGGGAAUCUGUCUUCCUGACCUCAGUAUUAUCUCCAUGUUGGAGCAAAGGAGAGAUCCCCGGAAUCUGCAGAGUGAAGUGAAAAUAGCAAAUAAUCCAGAUGGCAGGGAAUGCAUCAAAGGUGUGAACACAGAGAGCAGCUCAAAAUUGGGAAGCAAUACAGAAAACAAAUCUCUUAAAAAUCAACUUGGAUUAACCUUUCAGUUACAUCUGAGUGAACUGCAGGUAUUUCAAGCUGAAAGGAAUAUUUCUGGAUGGAAACCUGUCGAAAAACCUAUCAACAACAAUUCCUUAGUUUCACCACUUCAAAAAAUUUAUUCUACUGUCAAAUCUCACAUUUUAAAUAAAUAUAGAAAUGAUUUUGAUGAUUCUCCGUUUCUCCCACAAGAACAAAAAGCACUAAUUAGCGGAAAGCCUUGUGAAUGUAAUGAGCACAGCAAAGUCUUUAGUGUGUCUUCAAGCCUUGCUAACCAUCAAGUAAUCCACACUGCAGAUAACCCUUACAAAUGUAAUGAAUGUGACAAGGUCUUUAGUAACAGUUCCAACCUUGUACAGCAUCAAAGAAUUCAUACUGGUGAGAAGCCUUACAAGUGUCAUGAAUGUGGCAAGCUCUUCAAUCGAAUUUCACUCCUUGCACGACAUCAGAGAAUCCAUACUGGAGAGAAACCUUACAAAUGUAAUGAGUGUGGCAAAGUCUUCACUCAAAAUUCUCACCUUGCAAAUCAUCACAGAAUCCACACUGGAGAGAAACCUUACAAAUGUAAUGAGUGUGGCAAGGUCUUCAAUAGAAAUGCACACCUUGCACGACAUCAGAAAAUUCAUAGUGGAGAGAAACCUUACAAAUGUAAGGAGUGUGGCAAAGCAUUUUCAGGGGGUUCAGGCCUUACUGCUCAUCUUGUAAUUCACACUGGAGAGAAACUUUACAAAUGUAAUAAAUGUGGCAAGGUCUUCAGUCGAAACGCACACCUUACCAGACAUCAAAGAAUCCAUACUGGAGAGAAACCUUAUGAGUGUAAAGAAUGUGGCAAAGUCUUCAGGCACAAGUUUUGUCUAACCAAUCAUCAGAGAACACACACAGGAGAGCAGCCUUACAAAUGUAAUGAAUGUGGCAGAGUCUUCAGUUACAAUUCACACCUUGCACAACAUCAGAGAAUACACACUGGAGAGAAACCUUACAAAUGCCGUGACUGUGGCAAGGUAUUUAGUCGACUUUCAUGCCUUACACGACAUCAAAGAGUUCAUACUGGAGAGAAGCCUUACAAAUGUCAUGAAUGUGGCAAAGCAUUUAGAGACUGUUCAGGCCUUACUGCCCAUCUACUAAUUCAUACUGGAGAGAAACCUUACAAAUGUGAAGAAUGUGCCAAGGUCUUCAGGCAUAGAUUAUCCCUAAGCAAUCAUCAGAGAUUUCAUACUGGAGAGAAACCUUACAGAUGUCAUGAGUGUGGCAAGGACUUCACUCGAAAUUCAAACCUUGCAAAUCAUCACAGAAUCCAUACUGGAGAGAAACCUUACAAAUGUAGUGAAUGUGGCAAAGUCUUUGGUCACAAUUCACACCUUGCACGACACAGGCAAAUUCAUACCGGAGAGAAGCCUUACAAAUGCAAUGAAUGUGGCAAGGUCUUCAGCCACAAGUUAUACCUAACAAAACAUGAGAGAAUUCAUACUAGAGAGAAACCCUACCGAUGUCAUGAAUGUGGUGAGGACUUCACUCGAAAUUCAAACCUUGCAGAUCAUCACAGAAUCCAUACUGGAGAGAAGCCGUACAGAUGAAAUGUGUGUGGUAGGAUCUUUAGUAAUAAUUGAUACCUUGCACAGCAUGAGAGAAUUCAUACAUGAGAGAGUUCUUACAAACCGAGUAUGGCAAACUCUUCAUCCUGAGAUCUAGCAUUAAUCAACCUCAGAGAUUCCAUACUAAAGAGAAAUCAUAGCAAUGUAUGUGACACAGGUCACUUGAGGCCUGCCAAAUGACUAGAUAUCAAAAUAUACAUCUUGGAUGAAGCCACACAGAUGGAUUGUGUGUGCUGAGGCUAUUAUUCAAGGACCAUUACUAUGGAACAUAAGAUUUACACAAGCGGUAACUUAGGCUCUAGUUCUCCAAUAUUUAUAUCGCAUGCUGCAGAAAAAUCACAGCUCCAAAUAUGUUGAAUCUCAUGAUGUGAUGUAUGUCAAAGGUCCAAGGGCAUGUGGAAAUGGUGAGUUAUAUUCAGGCAAUUAAAAAACAUAAUCAUAUGGGGUUUUUUG